GACCAGGUCGGGGGCGGCGGGCUGCGGGUGGUGGGCAGCGUCGCUGACCCGCCUCGGUACCCAGUCCCGCCCCGCAGAGCCCCGCCCCUCGCCCUCCAGGGCCUAGCGGGCGCGACGAGGAUCCGCUGUCCCCGGGCCAGCCUGGGGCGGCGGGUCAGGAACCUCCCGAUGAGACCUUUUCUUUCUAGGGAUGGUGAAAUUGGAAAAAGACUCCUUUAACCCUCCUUCAGGAUGAAUUCCCUGCCAGAAGACAUGGAGAACGCUCUUACUGGGAGCCAGAGUUCUCACGCUUCUUUGCGCAACAUCCAUUCCAUCAACCCUACCCAACUCAUGGCCAGGAUUGAGUCUUAUGAAGGAAGGGAAAAGAAAGGCAUAUCUGAUGUCAGAAGGACUUUCUGUUUGUUUGUCACCUUUGACCUCUUAUUUGUAACAUUACUGUGGAUAAUAGAAUUAAAUGUGAAUGGAGGCAUUGAGAACACAUUAGAGAAGGAAGUGGUGCAGUAUGAUUACUACUCUUCUUAUUUUGAUAUAUUUCUUUUGGCAGUUUUUCGGUUUAAAGUGUUAAUACUCGCAUAUGCUGUAUGCAGACUGCGCCACUGGUGGGCAAUAGCGUUGACAACAGCAGUGACCAGUGCCUUUUUACUAGCAAAAGUGAUCCUCUCAAAGCUUUUCUCUCAAGGAGCUUUUGGCUAUGUGCUGCCCAUCAUUUCAUUCAUCCUUGCCUGGAUUGAGACGUGGUUCCUAGAUUUCAAAGUGUUACCUCAAGAAGCAGAAGAAGAAAACAGACUCCUGAUAGUUCAGGAUGCUUCAGAACGUGCUGCACUUAUACCUGGUGGUCUUUCUGAUGGUCAGUUUUAUUCUCCUCCUGAAUCUGAUGCAGGAUCUGAAGAAGAUGCUGAAGAAAAGCAGGACAGUGAAAAACCACUUUUAGAACUAUGAGUAGUAAUUUUGUUAAAUGUGAAAAACUUAAAGAAGAGAAAAGAGAC